CGCAUUCUCCUGCCCGCCUCCUCUCAGCGCUUCAUGUGAACUUGACCAGCGAUUGGAGGCAGCAGACGCCAAUCUAAGCAGAUAACGGUACAGGGAUGGUGGUACCUUACGCUACAGACUCGGGCUGUAACGCUGUUAGGGCUGUAGAGACACCUUGCCUUGCCGCUUAAGAAAAUCAAGAAGAUUAUUUCGGUUUAAAAGCAUGUAUGGCUUUGUCAAUCACGCAUUGGAACUGCUGGUUCUGAGAAAUUACGGGCCGGAGGUCUGGGAAGACAUCAAGAAGGAAGCACAGCUGGACGUGGAGGGCCAGUUCCUGGUCAGACUCAUCUACGAAGAUGCUAAAACCUACGACCUGGUGGCUGCGGCUAGCAAAGUUCUUAAGAUCGAUGCCGGUGACAUUCUGCAGAUGUUCGGGAAGAUGUUCUUUGAGUUCUGUCAGGAAUCCGGAUACGACACUAUCCUCCGAGUGCUGGGAUCCAACGUUAGAGAGUUCCUGCAAAAUCUCGAUGCGCUGCAUGACCAUCUGGGCACCAUCUACCCAGGAAUGAGGGCCCCGUCCUUCAGGUGCACAGACGCCGAGAAAGGAAACAACCUCAUCCUGCAUUACUACUCGGAGAGAGAGGGCCUACAGGACAUCGUCAUCGGGAUCAUCAAGACCGUGGCCCAGCAGAUCCACGGAACCGAAAUAGAGAUGAAGGUCAUCCAGCCAAAGAGUGAGGAGUGCGACCACAUUAAGUUCCUGAUCGAGGAGAAAGACUCAGAGGAGGAGGCCUUCUAUGAGGAUUUGGAUGGGUUCGAGGAGAAUGGCACUCAGGAGACGCGGAUUAGUCCGUACACCUUCUGCAAAGCCUUUCCUUUCCAUCUCAUGUUUGACAGGGAGCUGGUGCUCACCCAGUGUGGGAACGCCAUCUUCCGUGUCCUACCACAGCUUCAGCCGGGGAGCUGCAGCCUGCCCUCGGUCUUUUCCCUCGUGCGUCCGCACAUCGACUUCAGUUUCCACGGCAUCCUGUCUCACAUCAACACCGUCUUCGUGCUGAGAAGUAAGGAGGGCCUGCUGAACGUGGAGGCGUCAGAGUGCGAGGACGAGCUGACGGGCACGGAGAUUAGCUGCCUCAGGCUUAAGGGACAGAUGAUCUACCUGCCUGAAGCAGAAAACAUCCUCUUCCUCUGCUCCCCGAGCGUGAUGAACCUGGAUGACCUGACCAGGAGAGGACUCUACCUGAGUGACAUCCCGCUCCACGACGCCACACGGGACCUGGUGCUCCUCGGGGAGCAGUUCCGCGAGGAGUACAAGCUGACGCAGGAGCUGGAGAUCCUAACGGACCGCCUGCAGCACACUCUCCGUGCUCUGGAAGACGAGAAGAAGAAGACUGACAGACUUCUGUACUCUGUUUUGCCGCCGUCUGUGGCAAAUGAGCUGCGACACAAGCGGCCCGUCCCAGCGAAGCGAUACGACAACGUCACCAUCCUCUUCAGCGGCAUCGUGGGUUUCAACGCCUUCUGCAGCAAACACGCCUCAGCGGAAGGUGCCAUUAAGAUCGUCAAUCUGCUCAACGACGUCUAUACCCGCUUCGACAUCCUGACAGACUCCCGGAAGAACCCUUAUGUUUACAAGGUGGAGACGGUCGGGGACAAAUACAUGACGGUGAGUGGGCUUCCAGAGCCGUGUACUCACCACGCUCAGUCCAUCUGCCACCUGGCUCUGGACAUGAUGGAGAUCGCCGGCCAGGUGAAGGUGGACGAGGAGCCCGUUCAGAUAACCAUCGGGAUCCAUACAGGAGAGGUGGUGACUGGGGUCAUAGGGCAGAGGAUGCCUCGAUACUGCCUGUUUGGGAACACGGUGAACCUGACGAGUCGUACCGAAACCACGGGCGAAAAAGGGAAGAUUAAUGUUUCCGAGUACACGUACAGGUGUUUACAGUCAGCAGAGAAUGCAGAUUCCCAGUUUCACCUGGAGUACCGGGGACCCGUCAACAUGAAGGGGAAAAAAGAACCCAUGAAGGUCUGGUUUCUAUCCAGGAUGAGCCCAGAAGCUGUUAAGCAAACAGCAAUCAACUAAAAGAAACUAAAAGCUGAAUUCACUUCCAGGCAAACACCAUGUUACAUGAGUUGCGCUAUUUUACAUAUAUAUAUAUUUAUGUGUGUAGGAUCUUUUUAGGGGACAUUCUCACUUUCUUCCUAGCUAUUAUUUUUUGUUGAUCAUCUAAGGCAGAAGAACAGAUACUUUAAAUUUAAUAUAUAUAUAUAUAUAUAUAUAUAUAUAUAUAUGGAUAUGUUUUAAAAUUUCCAGAAACAAAUCCAUUUCUUUCUGUGUCUGCUAUGUUUUUUUUGCAAACCAUUAGUUAUUGCCUUGAAUUAUUUUCUAUAUUAAUUUACUGUUGUUUCCCUGUCUCCAUAACUACCGAUAAACUGUGAGUAUUGAAUAAUGUUAUUAACUGAUUGCAGUUAUGGAAAUUACAAACUGGUAUGACAUUAGUCCAGAAUCCUAGAUGAAUCAUCAUAUUCCCAUUUCCUGUAUUGUGCCAAGAAUAUUAGAAAUUGUUGUUUUGGUAAUAUACAGAAAUAAACACCUGUCAUUGUAAUACAUCAAAC